UUCUGUUCAAUGUGUUUGUGUGCCCCUUAUCGACAGGCAGCUUUUCAGACUUUACACUGGGAUAGAAACAUGUCUCUGAAAGCCUCCAGACAGCACAGCGUGUCAGAAAACUCAGUCAUCGCGGGUUUUAGGAGACACAACUCGGCCUCGAGCACUUCGCUGUAGGACGCGUCCCAUUCAGAUUCAGCUGAGGAUAGACUUGUGUUAACACAGUUUGUGUUUGUCACUGUCCUUCCAGCCCAAAAGGUGUGGAGGAUGAGCUCGGGCAAUGGGACCAGGAGGAAAGUCGGCAAGCUGCAGCAUUUCAACAACAUGGUGGCGAUUGACCCUGAAACACUGACUGAGAUUCAAGGCCUUUUUGGUAAAGUUAGAACCUAUGUGAAACCGUCCAAUGGGGAGUGGCGAAUCCCCGAUCCAAACGCUGUUCUCAGAUACUCUGCGGAGAAGCACUGCCGGCUGCAGGCCCUGAAGGCGUCUCUGAACGCUGUAAAGAACCAGCUCAGUGACAAGGACGUCCAGGUCUGGCAUCAGCACACCAACUCCACCAAUCGAGCCGGGAAGGUGAUUGCUGCCGUACGUUCUGCUGCCAAUGCGGAGAUCUGCACUCAGGCCUGGUGCAAGUUCUUUGAGAUCCUGGGAACCUUCACUCUUCUUCCAGAGGAGGCCCUUCAAAAUGGAGAGCUGAACACGGUCCACCUGUGUGAAGCUCCAGGAGCCUUUAUAACCGCUCUGAACCACUACAUCAAAACCAGCGAGUCAACGCGCUACUGUGACUGGAACUGGGCAGCCAACACUCUCAACCCAUACCAUGAGGCUAAUGGCGGGAGCACAACGAUUGCAGAUGAUCGGUUAAUCGCUAACACACUGCCCUGGUGGUUCUUUGGCUCGGAUAACACAGGCAAUGUCAUGAUCCAGAAGCAUUUGCUGGAGCUGCAGGCGUUUGUGUCUAACAUGCGUAGAGUUGAUUUGGUGACGGCAGAUGGCAGUUUUGACUGUCAGGAGAACCCAGACGAGCAGGAGGCGCUGGUGGCGUCACUGCAUUUCUGCGAGGUCACAGCUGCACUGCUGCUCCUGAGCCCCGGUGGCUCCUUUGUACUGAAAAUGUUCACCCUGUAUGAACACUCCUCUGUCUGCUUACUCUACCUGCUGAACUGCUGUUUCCACUCCGUCAACGUCUUCAAACCUUCCACCAGCAAGUCGGGCAACUCUGAGGUUUAUGUCGUGUGUCUGAACUACGAUGGCAAGGAAGCUGUGAAGCCUCUGCUCUCAAAACUGAUUCGUAACUACGGACCAAAUCUGGCUGACCGAGAGGCGCUUUUCCCAAACUCUCUUGUCCCAGAGUUGUUUCUGAAACAACACGAAGAGGUGUGCAUGUACUUCCACGCGCUGCAGGUGGAGACGAUCACAGAAAACCUGCGACUGUCUGAAGGAAUGAGCACCGAGCAGAGGCAGCGGCUCGAUUACAUCAGAGACUGUACGGCUCAGGAAUACCUGCAGCGCUUCCAGGUGAGCUUCCUUCCCCGGAGUCGAUGGAUCUCUCGCAACACGGUGAGUCCCGCCUGCUGCAGUGUCUCAGUGGGCCGACCUCUGGGACAGAAGAAGCAAACAGGCUCCUUCAAUGAGCGGCAGGAAUUGCAGACCCUGAGCUGGAGGGAGCGCAUUGAGAGGGGUUGCUAUGCCACCUUGGUACAGAGACACUACACUGAGGCUGGUGGGCAAGGCUGCGUGCUGGAAGGACCGCUGUCUGAGUGUCACAUGGAUUCAUGGUACGUUAUCGUGGGGGCUGCUCUGCCUGCAGUCAGAAACUCUCCGUUCUGUGAAGGAGGAUUGUUAAACCACUUGAAUGAAGCCCUGAUGGACACAGCAGUAGACUGGACUCGUGUACCUCCCUGUGACUCUUGCCAUGUGGUUUGCACAGCCUCCAUCUUGUCCAACAUUGCAGAUCUUUGCGUCUUCACAGCCGACAGUGAUGGGAACAAAAAGAAGAGGCAAUGUCUGGUGUUUGGCAGCCGCUCAGUGUGGGGUGCCUGUGAAAGCCAGCUUGGGGAUUUAGUCUUAACAUUUUCUACAGAGCCUUCAUUUCCUCAAAGAUUGUGCAGCAUGCUGCAUGACGGGGUGCCGCUGUACCAGCAGCAGCUCUUAGGUUGUGUUGUGUUUUCCCUGCAGACCCUGAACUCUGGGGAUGCCCUGCUGCUGCCUGUGUUUUCUGCCCUCACCCGUGUCACCGCAGCAGUUGUGCUCUGCCUGCAUGUGUGUUUUUGCUCAGUCACGUUCAGGUGCCCCCCACCCUCAGGCAUAGUUGGGACAGUUCUUGUGUGUAUUGGUUUCUGCCCUGAAGCUGCUGCACGAAUACUCCCUGUUCUCAUUAACGUCCAUAACUGCAUGGGUCAGUUAUUAAGAGGAGAGGACGACUCGGGUAAAAAUCUGCCGCCUGGGUGUGACAGACAGGUGCUGCAGUUUGUUCCCAUGGAGGAACUGCUCACAGGAGGACUGACUGAGUUCCUGUGGACCAUGAACUCUGAAAUCAUCCAACAGAAGCUGCAUUUGCUCAUGCAAACAUAGUGCAGUUUAGUGAGCUGUGACUCUGGGGUACAUACUAUCGCUUCAAAAGCUGUGUCAUUGUUAGUCUGUUUUAUUCUUGUUUUAUCAGCAGACUGUUAACCACAUGAGCUUCCAGCAGUCUGUCAUUGAAUCAUUUUUGUCUGCUGAUAGUAAAAUGUUACUCCACUGAUUUAGCUUUGCACUCCUAUAAUAAUGGUUGGACUCACAAUGGGUAAUUUUAAAGACAGGAUCAAAAUCGAUGCAGCAUAACCAGAGAUAUCAUCUUUUUUUUAAAUUCCACACAUUCUUCUUCCUUGUCAAAACCUGUCGCUUACAUUACCUCCAAUGCAACUCAACCGCUGACAGUUCGAUCAGAGAUUCAGGGGUGUUAUGCUAUGCGGCUAAUGUAGCCUAGAGCCGCUAGCCUCAAGCAGAGAUGAGGAGCGCGAGCUACAGAGGUCUGGUAAGCUCACUUCUUUCCAACUCCACACCCCCAGAUUUUUUUCAUUUUCAAACUUGUAGUCUUCAGCCCCAACUGACGCUGACUCAAGUGACAUCACUUGAGGACAUUUAUCAGAUUUCACACAUCUCCCUCUGGAGACACAAAAGGCUUUAUACAGCUUUUUUCACAUAUGCAGUAGCACUCCCCAUCAACUGUAACCAGACUGAUGUGUAAAAUCAGUGGAGUCUAAUAAUGAUGCUCACCAGCAGCGAUGGUAUUAAACUAACUGCUGUAUUCUACAUAUUACACUGUGUUUUCAAUGCUUUUAUUUAUUAAGGAUCCUCCAGCUGGUGUAAUGAUGUAUUGGAUACAGUAUCUAAGGGAUGCUUCUGGGACUUAAUGUAAUGAUGUAAAAGUUAAAAUGGCUGACUUUUGAAGGAUGGUGCCAUGUAGCCAGCGGUUUAAAGGACAUUUGGACACUGUACCAUUUAGAUUAGCAUACCACAUUAGAGCCUGACAGAUACUUUGGCAUGACCGAUUAUAUUGGCCCAUUUUAAAGUAUCACAGAUUGCAGAAAUUGUCUGUCACGUGUACUUUUUUUUUUUUUUUUUUUUUUUUUUUAAUUCCAUAAUUUUUAUUAUUAUACUUGAUGACGGUCAGGGUAGAAGUUUAUCCCAUUACUUAUUUGGCAAGAGGAAAUAAGAUGAAUAUAUAAUAAAUUAGUUUAGAGGCCAACUGAUACUGGAAUUUUGAGUAUGAUGGCGAUAUUGAUUUUAUUUAUUUAUUUUUUUCAGAGUUUAAAAAGUCCAAUAACAAUAUAUUAUAGGUAUGCAUUUGGUUGUUAAAGAAUUGGGCCUAAGAUAUGAGCUGAGUGUAGAGCUGCUAUUUCUUAAUUUGGUGGUUCGUUUUUAUAUUUUACACAAUUUAUUCAUAUAAUCAUUUAUUUGAUAAUGUCUUUAUUUAUGUUAAUAUUGAAUGUUUUGGGAUUCCAUAGCUGAGCUGGACAUUUGAUGUUUUGGAGUUGAAAAAUAAACUUGCCAGUGCUCUCUAUCUGUGUAAUGGUGACACUAUUUCUGAAGUACAUAUAAAUGCUGAUAUAUCACUGAUGAGCUAAAAUCAGCCAAUAAUAUCUACCAUGCUGAUGUAUCAGUUGUGCUUUAAUGCAGAUGUCCAAACUGAUGUUAAAUUGUAAAAGGUAAGCCUUCACUUCAUCAGUUAGGUCUCAAACGUCUUUAUCGUUUCAGUUCCAACAAAAUGUAUGUGUGCUAUGUACAAAGCUUUUGACAACCUGUAGACAAGAACAACUUUGUCUGAUGACACAAACUUGGAGUGCAUGAAAAUGCAAAUUGCUUUCAGUACUUGAUCAGCAGAACUCAUCCGUGGCUAAAUUCACUGAGGAUUUUAGGGAGGCUGAAUAAACAAUAGUCCAACCCUCGGCACCAAACCCCCUGUCAGUCACAGAUGGUUUGUUUUGAAAUCCACAUCACAAAGACCCUGGAGUUUUACCCUGAAGUGCCUGUUGUGUUUUACAAAACAUUAUUUCAUUCCAGGAAGUUGGGGAUCUUUAUGCCAUAAUGCAGUUUUUAGUCGACUUCCUGUUAACCAAUUAUUUUCUCUAUACAAAUGUGAAACGAUAGCCUGCGUGCACUAAAAUGUUUUAUACUGCUUGAACUAUACAACAAGGGAGCUGUUGAGAAAAGAAACAUACAUAUGUAGCUUCAAUAAAAAUAUGCUGUAUUUGUUUAUUUGUAGUUUUUUAUUUUUGGUUUAUAAUAUCAGUACAAUGUAACUGAGGAGUUUUAUUACAAAAAGAAUAAAAAUGUGCACUAACAAAUAA